CAUUUUCUAGACCACAUCUCCAACUGAACUUUGUCUGGCUUCUCCAAAACAAAAACGCCCACCACACUCCUAAACACCCCAAGAAAAACAAAACAGAAAACAGUUUCUGAAAACACGAAAAACACUUUCUUUUAUUUAUUUAUUUAUUUUUUGUUUCGUCAUUGUUGUUGUUUUUUUUUUUUUUUUUUUUUUUGGGGGUUUGUGUGGAAUUAUUAGGUUAGAGCUUUAUGGUGUCCGUGAAUCCCAACCCAGCUCAGGGUUUUUACUUCUUCGAUCCAAUGAAUACGGCCUUGCCGGGACUUGAUUCUCUGCCGGCGACGGCGACUGCUACGACGGCUCCGGCGACAACUGUGACUGCUACCGCUACUGCUACUACUACUACUACUACUGCGCCUGCUUGUACUGCUUCGACGGCGACUAAUUCUACGACUUCGUUGGCUGACGAUUCCAAUAAGAAGAUUCGGAAACCGUAUACGAUUACUAAGUCGAGGGAGAGCUGGACUGAGCAAGAGCAUGACAAGUUUCUCGAAGCUCUCCAACUAUUCGAUCGUGACUGGAAGAAAAUUGAAGCAUUUGUUGGCUCAAAGACAGUUAUUCAGAUCCGUAGCCAUGCACAGAAGUAUUUUUUGAAAGUUCAGAAAAAUGGGACCAGUGAACAUGUACCUCCCCCUCGGCCAAAGAGGAAAGCAGCUCAUCCAUACCCCCAAAAAGCCCCUAAAGGUGCUCCUAUUGUUGCUCACAUUAAUGGACCAUUUCAAUCUUCUGCUGCUUUGCUUGAGCCUGGAUAUGUGUACCAGCCAGAUUCAUCAUCUGUUCUUAACAAUCCUGUUCCCACUGCUACAUUAUCUUGGAGUUAUGGUUCCUUGCCACUGGUCAAUGUCUCACAAGUGAUCAAAGAAGAUGGUAGAUUAUCUGGACCAACUAUGGCAAAUAACUGUCACAGUAGUAGUAAUGAAAGCACUCCGAGGACUUGGCCUACCAGCAAAACAAUUGAUCUUGGUGAUCCAAACAAGGCAAUGAGAGUUAUGCCAGAUUUUGCUCAAGUGUAUAGCUUCAUUGGCAGCGUCUUCGACCCUAAUGCAACUGGUCACUUGCAGAGGCUGAAAGAAAUGGAUCCAAUAAAUUUGGAAACUGCACUGCUGUUAAUGCAGAAUCUCGCAACUAAUUUAACAAGUCCCCAGUUCGAGGAUCAUAGGAGGUUGCUGUCUUUAUACGAUGCUGUUCCCGAAAAGGCUAAAUCCGGCAGUCCUUUCAGCUUCCCUUUCAACAGUAAUUCAGAGAAUGCUAUCUUAUCUGCUUAAGAGAUGGAAAUGUUAAAGCAACCUUUGAACCCAAGUUUCCACUGCCAGGUAAAGGGGAGAGGAGGCUGUGAGAUGAUUCAGUCGACUAACUGUAAUAGCAUUGGGACUCUCGGUAAUCUGUAUAUAUGUAUAAUAUAUAUGAUCUUAAAUGGCCUAGGGUAUUUCACUGUUAUUGUAGUUUGUAAGAAUACCAAUGUCAUUUUUGUGUCAGCUGUGUAUACCGUGUACGACCUUUGUUUUGAGUAUAUAGGGUAGUAUAGGUCAACUUCAAGGUUUGUUGCAGAGGCUGUCAUGUAUAGAGGUUUUGAGUAUAUUGUCACUGAGCGUUGACUGUAAAUGGUGGUGAGAUUUGUAUUUUUCCUUCUUCUUUUUUUCUUGUAUUUAUAUAGGGGAUUGUUACUUUUUGCGAGUUGCUUUGGUUCAAAUGAUGUGAGCGAAUGCAUGUAUGUGCAUCGUCCGAUAAUUUGGGAUGAUUUAUCUUAUUUCCUUACAUAUUGGCUUUUAAAAAUAUUUCAACUAAAACUCUAUUGGCUUUUAAAAAUAUUUCAACUAGAACUCUAAUACCUUUUAAAAAUAUUAAUUUGUACCCGCUGCGAGGAGUGAAUUAUGAAAAAAUUGAUGUUAAACUGGGUGUGAAUGUAAUAGCGGGGGGCUCGAUGAAGAGGGGUUUUUUUUUUUUUUUUUUUAAUUCUAUUUUAUUUAUUUAUUUUUCUUAGUAAUUAAUGGGAAAUUGAAAUUAAAGGAAUCCAAUUGAGUUUAGACUAAACUUUGAGAGAGGUGGAGACGAAUGGAAUGAACACCCUUUCGGAUUUUGGGGUACUAUAUUCAGUUCAUCCAUCCUUUUCUUUAAUUUGGCGAAGGUGGUUUUUAAAUUAAUGGAGCUCAAUGGACCUUAAGUCUGACAAGGUGGUUUUUAAAUCAAUUCGGGGGCCUAUCAAAGAACGAGAAAGACCACGAUGUAAAAAUUUUAGUGACAAUGGACCUAAAGUGCUACAUCAUACUCAAAAGACUGACAAACUUGGCCUCGAAUCCUUUGAUGUUGUCCUCUUUUGUCUCAUUGUCCAAUGUUUAUAUGUUUCUGGCCCUAUCCUUAAGAGCCAUGGGCAGCUGGUUCUCCCGACUUUUGCCUGUUUGAGCUCAUAGCCUCAUUCAAGGAGGUCCAUUUUCAGCUUGGCCAUCCAUCAUGCAUUAGGGGACGAAAGCAAAACCUCUCAGAGCCUGAAGGCUGAAUUACAUUGUCAGCAAAACUUCAUCUAAAUAAUGUACAACUUGAUCAACGCCCAUUGCAUAUUUCAACAUUUACAAAGUUCUCUUCAAAAAAGUCGUAUCAAAAUUGCAUUAGGAACAAACCAAGGGCAUAACAACAUUCUCAAAUACCUAUACCAGUCCAAAGCCAAAACUACUCCUUAGCUAUGGGACAAAACAAGGUCAUUCACACUACAAAAAGAUAGAACAAGAAAAUAUGCGAGACAUAUCUGUGUCCUGAUUAUAGUGCGUGUUUUUUUCUUUUUUAAUCUUUUUUAAUCUAAAAAUGAGAAUUCAUAUUACCAUUUAGAAACACGAGAUCUAAGAAGAUUCCCUUAUCAACCUCUCUACAAAUUUUUCUACUCUUAACUUGUGAGAAAUGCUUGUACCUCUUCUUCUGUCCCUCCAAAACAUCAAAAAGACAAAAUGAACUUAAUUUCUGAAUUUUAUUUCAUAUAUUAACUUUCAUGCCUUGAUACACCACCAACUCCAAAGGAUACAGAAUGCAAUUUUUCAACCACCUUAAUAGAUUUUCAAACAAACUUUCUCUACACCUACAGCUAGUCAACCAAGCUGCUGCUUUUUUUUUUUUUUUUUUGGGGAAUAAGAAAAAGAAAAAGUUAAUAAUAGAUCCAAGAAAAGCGCCAAUAGCAAGAAAAAUCCGUUAAUUACACAAGCCCCAUCCGACCCCAUUUGAAAUAAACGGCAUUAAACCCAUUCCUCAACCAACCAAAAACAACCGAAAAAAAAAAAAAAAAAAAGGAAAA